AUGUUAUGGACAACGGCGGCCCUCAUACUAGUCGUGUGCUCCAGGAAUAAGAAGUUCGAGAAGGAGAAGAGGCGCGACUCAACGAACGCCAAUCUACAGCGUGUUUCAAGGAAAUCCGCGGCAAGUUUUUGACGAUUUCUUGGUGCUCACAAUCAGUCAAGAUAUCCAAAAAAAUUUUUGCAUUAGAAAGAAGAAGGUGGGUGGUUUUUUUGCCUAAACAAACUUUUUUCUUCGCCAACGCGGAAAAACGUGUAUUCGGCGGAGACUUUAAAUCGUUUUUUUGGUUAUCACGUCCAUAUCAAAGAUGUGUGAUGACCAAAAAGUGUCCAAAAGUCACCGCCGAAUACACUGCUUUCCGCGUUGGCGGAGAAAAUGAUUUUCUUAGGCAAAAAACCACCCAUCUUCUUCUUUACCGUGCAAAAAGAUUUUUUUGGAUAUCUUGACUGAGCGCCAAGAAAUCGACAAAAACUGUUCGGGGAAUUUCUUGAAACACGUAAAAUAAUUUUAACCAAAAACUCCAUUUUUAGCAAAAAUGCUACAAUGGGAGACCUGGGCCAGUGGCAAAAAACGUACCAUUUUGCAUCCAGGAAGUAUCAAAAAUGUGGCAAAAUGCAUCCCUCUCCCAGUGAAAAAACUCCGAUUUCAAAAGCGCGCCCGCUCUUUUUGUGAGGGACCCUUCAAAACGAUGUUUUUUCACUUGGAGGAGGAAGCAUUUUGCCACAUUUUUGAUCCUUCCCGGAUGCAAAAUGGUACGUUUUUUGCCACUGGAUUUCUGUGAUUAAUUUUUUGGACAUUGCAAAUUACUAUAAAUUCUCUUUAGAAUGUGACCAAUGAAGCGCGUUGGGACGAGAAGAAGGCGCGUGGGAUCAGCAGCAGCAGUCAUCGAAAGCCGGAAGCCGCCGUGCGCGCCACAAAAAUGAUAACUUUCGAGGAGCGAAGGGAGCGUUUCAGGCGGUCGUACAGGGAGCUCAGUAAAAAAUAUGGCCGCAAAAAGGAGCCCAAGGCCGACCGAAAUUUGACCGCAACAAUGUUGGUGGAGGAGAACGAAGACGAUUUUGAGGUGGGUUUUGGUUUUAGUUGUACACUAAAAAUUGUCGUUUUAGGACCCUAAUGCGCCAAGUCCGCCGAAAAAGACCUGUCUGACACAAGAAACGACUGAUUUAUGCACGUAAGUGACGAUUUAAUCAUACAGACCUGAUCCAGUGGCGAAAAACGUAUAAUUUUGCAUUCGGGAAGUAUCAAAAAUGUGGCAAAAUGCUUCCCUCUCCAAGUGAAAAAACUUCGUUUUGAAGGGCCCCUAAAAAAAAGAGCGGGCACGCUUUUUAAAUCUGAGUUUUUUCACUUGGAGAGGGAGGUAUUUUGCCACAUUUUUUGAUACUUCCUGCAUGCAAAAUGGUACGCUUUUUGCCACUGGAUCAGGUCCACUGUAGGCGUUUUGCUCGGGGAGCGACGAUUGGGGAAAAAGACAGUUGGGGAAACUGAAAAGUAUUAUUUUUCUUCGGUAUAAGUGUCGAAAUUAGGAUAACCGAUGGCGCUGAUUUCGAAAAUGACAUUCAUUUUUUUUCGUUACUAUUUUGCUUAAGUAGUAUUGUAAAGCAGUACUUUUUUGAACUUUUUUCACAAUACUCGAUUUAGGGUUUUCGAUGGUGGUGAUUCCGAAAAUCUUGUUCAUUUUUUUCUGGUUUGAAAUCAGCACCAUCGAAAACCCCUAAACCGAGUAUUGUGAAAAAAGUAAAAAAAAAACUGCUUUACAAUACUACUUACGCAAAAUAGUAAGGAUCAAAAAAUGAAUGUCAUUUUGGAAAUCAGCGCCAUCGGGUAUCCUAAUUUCGACAUUUACGUCGAAGAAAAAUAAAACUUUUCGGUUUCCCCAAUUGUCUUUUUCCAUAAUCGUCCAUUUUCACAGCCAUCUUUUUCCCCAACUGUCUUUUUCCCAAUUGUCUUUUUCCCCAAUUCACGACGUUUCGUUUUGCCCUGGAAAUGUCUCGCUCAUUUUUAUAUUGUUUUAGGCAAGAGGAAAGUUCUAAUCAAAAGAAUGAAGUAACCGCAAGAAGAUCAGCAAAUGAAAGACCGUCUGCUGAAGUGUAG